UGCAACUAUCCGUAUUCCGUUAAACCUGGCAUACGAUAAGAUGCACAGAUAUACAGGAUACUGCGAAAUACUGUCCAGAACAAGGAAGACCAGAAGCUGCAAAAGAUUGCCCCUGCCGACAGACAGACUCUACCCCUGACCCGGGUUGCCUACUCUACCUUGGGCGAUUGUUGGAGAGUCUCAAAUAACUCGAGUCUUGAGAUUUGGCCAUUGGGGUUCUUCUGUGACAGCUAUCAUGAAUUCUCCAUCGUAGAUCACAAAUAUCCUGGGGAACAAUGACAUCUGAUCCACCGCCCCCGUUGCAAUCGUUAGCAACUCCUUCGAGGGACGACGCACCGGUACCACAAACCCCGUCGUCUCUGCGGGCCUCGAACCCUCUGUCUUCCAAAGUCACAAGCCUCCUCUCAACCUCGUAUGCCGACUCUGAUUUCCGUGACGCUCUUUCGCUCCUGGACGAGCGUGGCGUGCACAACACCCCCGAGACCCGCCGGCAGUUGCGCCUAGAUUUGCAGAGGGAGCUGAUUGACAGCAAUGGCGAGAUUAUCACUGAGUUCGGAAAGGUGGCUGAGCAACUGCGGAGAAUAGGUAACUCGAUUGAGAAACUGAAUGCCAGCUAUAGCGACAUGAAAAGCCAGGUCACGGCGGCCCACACUGCUACUUCGGGAGUCCUCGAUGAGGCGUCGUCGCUCAUGACGCAAAGGCGUCAAGUGGAGACAAAGCAGCAUUUACUGAAGGCCUUUACCCAACACUUUGUUCUUUCAGAGGAUGAAGUAGCCGCCUUGACCCUGACCUCGGAGCCCGUGGAUGACAGAUUCUUCACCGUCCUCGCCAAGGCCAAGAAGAUCAGCAAAGACUGCGAGCUUCUCCUCGGCUUUGAAAGCCAGACCCUUGGGCUUGAGGUGAUGGAGCAGACGUCGAAGAAUCUCAACCUUGCCUUCCAGAAGUUGUACCGAUGGAUCCAGCGUGAGUUCAAGAAUCUGAACCUCGAGAACCCGCAGAUCGGCUCUCCAAUUCGGCACGCGCUUCGUGUGCUUGCCGAAAGACCCUCGCUCUUCCAAAACUGUCUCGACUUCUUUGCCGAGGCUCGAGAACAUACUCUCUCAGAAUCCUUUUAUACUGCCUUGACUGGAAAUUCAGCACCUGGUGGUGAGGACCCGUCCGUAAAGCCGAUUGAGCUGGCGGCACAUGACCCUUUGAGAUAUGUUGGGGACAUGCUGGCCUGGACACAUUCGGCGGCCGUGGGCGAAAGGGAGGCACUCGAGGUCCUAUUCGUGUCGGAAGGAGACGAGAUCGCCAAGGGUAUCCAAGCCGGGCGGGAAAACGAAAUAUGGCGCCUCGUUGCCGACGAAGCCGACGUGGCUGCUGAUUUCAACGCUGUGACAGCACUGAACGAGUUGGUCGACCGGGACAUGUCUGGCGCGGCACGCCUUCUCCGCCAACGGGUCGAGCAGGUUGUGCAGACCAACGAGGAGACCAUCUUGGCAUACAAGUUGGCCAACCUCUUGAACUUCUACCGAGCCACAUUCGCCAAGCUUCUAAGCAGCGACUCGGUUCUUGUCGGGGUGCUGAACAGCCUGGAGUCAGAAGCUCUGCGGCAGUUCCGUGCUUUGAUGCGAGAUCAUAUUGCUGCCCUUCAAGCAGAUUUCCAACACGCGCCAGCCGACUUUGGCGUUCCGGAAUUCCUCGCGGAUGCUCUUGAACAACUGACGGCCAUUAUGAAGACCUACGAGACGUCGUUGACCUCGUCAACCGACCGUGAGGCGGACUUUCAGCCCAUCCUCGCCGAGGCGUUUGAUCCCUUCAUGGAUGGUUGCGAGCAUCUAGGGAGAAAUAUGGAGUCCCCAGUCAGCCCCAUAUUCCUAGCCAACUGUAUAGGAGCCGCGAGGGACGCUUUGUCACCCUUCGACUUCACCCGUGGCAAGAUAAAGGAGCUAGACAAACGGUUAGAGGCCGAGUCUCGCAGGCUCGUGGAGAGUCAGUACGCUUUUUUCCGAACAGAAUCCGGACUGGAAAACUUGAUGGAUGCACUACACCCUCUCACACAAAAGAAGGAGGAUAUUCGAAAGAUCAGGUCUCUUGGACCAGUUCAAGCAUCACAACUGGGAGAGGCAAGCCAGACACUAGAUGACUUCCUGCCCUCGGCACUGAUGGACGCGAUGGAAAACCUGAAGCAUCUCCACGACUCAAAAUUGGCGCGGGAUAUUACCGAAGAAGCAGCAGAAACGUUCUGUGCUGAUUUCGAGCAUGCCGAAGAAAUGCUCAUUCUAGCCGACGAACUGGCCGAAGACGAGGGAGACGGCGAGGACUUGCAGAACCUCCGUUCCCUCUUCCCCAGGACAACAGGGGAGAUCCGGGUAUUGUUGUCUUAGGCAUGACACGGGGCUUCAUAUUUAGAGUACCUAGGUAGUCAGACACCUUGCUUUGGCUGGCCGCCAUAGAACCAUUGUUUCUCGUCAAUUACUUGGAGGUUGGCUAGACCCCGCGACAUGGCUCUGGCGAGAUAAGUAUCAAAGAGACCUGAAUUACCUUCAGACGCAUAUCCAAAGUCCAAAGGACCGACCGGACCAAUGACAUAUGUGGAGGUACCCAGGUACCUCUAGAGACGGGAGUGAUCCAUCUUUCAUGUGUUUAAAGGCCCGUGCGCGAUGGGCAUGUAGAGUCACUGCACAGUGUGCCUCGGUUAUUUUGUACAAGGACUGCUUAAUACGCAGGAUUCAUACCUUCCUGAUAAGAGAACCCCCACCACUGUACAGAAAAUGCCCCCCACCAUGGGACUUGGGGAUUUCCAGAGGGUCAAGGA